AUGCCAACUGCCGUAAAACUCCAAUGAAGAAGAAGAACUUCCGGUAGGCAGGGUCGCUUGCUGUUUUCUUCCACACCGCUUAGACUUCAGUGGUUCUGUUAUGGACUGACAGAUACGCGGCCUGUGGAAUUAACAUUUUCUCAAUCUUAGAAACACCACCCCUGUCUGGACAGAUAGUGGCGGGGAUGCGGCAUCGACAUGGGAAAUCUUUUCGGGAAAAAGAAAGCAACUCGGGUGACCGAGCAGGACAAAGCUGUGCUGCAACUGAAGCAGCAGAGAGAUAAACUGAAGCAGUAUCAGAAGAAGAUCACGCUUCAGAUGGAGAAAGAGCGACAGCUGGCCAAACAGUUAUUAAAAGAAGGAAAGAAAGAGAAAGCACUCCUACUCCUCAAGAAGAAACGCUACCAGGAACAGUUAUUGGACAAAACUGAAAAUCAGAUAAGCAACCUGGAGCGAAUGGUACAAGAUAUUGAAUUUGCACAAAUAGAGAUGAAAGUCAUUGAAGGACUGAAAGUUGGCAAUGAUUGCCUGAAGAAAAUGCAUGAGAUGCUGUCCAUAGAGGAGGUGGAAAAGAUCAUGGAUGAAACGCAAGAUGCCAUUGAGUAUCAGAAGCAAAUUGAUGAGAUGCUGGCAGGAUCUCUGACCCAGGAGGAUGAGGAGGCUGUGCUAGCAGAGCUGGAGGCCAUCACUCAGGGAGAAGCUGACCUUGAACUUCCUGAGGUGCCUGAAGAAGAACUACCAGAGGUUCCAGAGCAAGAGCCAGUGCGGGAGAAGGUAAAAAAGAAGCCAGAGCGAGAGAUGUUGGCAGUGUAAAUACAAAUCUAUCAUACCUCCAUGUCUGCUCUUGAGCCGUUCCACUGGAGACCACAAGGGCUCAUCCCAAACAAAACUCUGGGGAGUGACUGACAGUCCUCCCCUUCAUACAUGUCGAAGACCUACAACCAUGCCAUUUUUUAAAAUUGUAUAUACACUGCAUAUUGUAUACCAUUUAGUUUAGAUGAUUAUUCUGAAAUACUCUUAACAGUGCCUGGUCUUUCUAAUCACCCUACAGUUUUGUCUGAUCUAUCAUAUAUCAAAAGCGUAUCAUGUCAAUGCCUGUAAAUUUCUAAUGCAUGCAUCACUUUUAUUAUAACAAUCUCGGUUUAAAAUGAUUCCCAAACAUUAGUGUUUUAAAUACACCGUGUUUUGUCAUAAACAACACAAAACUGAAUCAUUUAAAUUAUGAACUCCAGUAUGUCCAGUAUAAACUUUUCAAUGUGCUGAAAGAUGUCAUUAAAAACUACAACUAUGACAAGCCUUGUUUAAGUAGUAAGAACCUGAUUAUAAAUCGAUAAAUAGACAUCAUUGAGGGAAAGUUUACAAAACCACUAGUGUACACUUAUUGAGAGGAAAAUAGUCAAGUCCUUACUGCAUUAUGCUGCACAUAAACUGUUUUGUUUUUAUGCAGCAUACAUAAGAUACAAGGACAUGAGCUAUACAAGCAAAACUAAUGACAUUGGAACCCUAAAUAUUGUUUUUCUGUCAUAGUUUAGUUUGUGACUAAUGCACUGAUUUAUUUGAACUUGAGGUCUUAUCAAUUUUU